UGAAUUUUUCUCUUUCCACGCCCUACACACUUCUCCCUGACCAGUGUGAUUCCCCUCUGCCCUGCCCCCUCCUUCCCAUGGAGCUCGACGCCGCCCAAAACCCUAACCCCGAACCCCCCAUCUCCGCCUACUACCAGACGCGGGCGGAGCACCAUGCCGUCGUAUCCAGCGACUGGCUCGACCACGCCGCCGCUGCCGCCUCUCUCCCCGAUGCGCACGCCGACGCCGACGCCGCCCCACCCCCCUCCCCCGGGAGCAACGGCGGCGGCGUCAUCGAGGAGUUCAACUUCUGGCGGCGCAAGCCGGAGGCCGCCGAGGCGGUUGCCGCCAUCAUGGCGCUCGCCGCCGUCAUCCGCUCCAGCAGGGCCACCACCAUGAUGGAGCUCGAGAUCGAGCUCAAGAAGGCUUCCGACAAACUGAAGUCCUGGGAUGCUACUUCCAUUUCUCUGUCUGCUGCUUGUGAUUUGUUCAUGCGCUUUGUAACAAGAACAUCACAUUUGGAGCAUGAGAAAUUUGAUGCAGCAAAAUCACGCCUAAUUGAGCGAGGGGAAAAGUUUGGAGAGAUAUCAUUAAAGGCCCGUAAGACAAUUGCAAUGCUCAGCCAGGAUUUCAUCUCAGAUGGGUGCACUAUGCUGGUACAUGGUUAUUCCAGAGUGGUGUUGGAAAUCCUGAAGCUAGCUGCCUCAAAUCGCAAACUCUUCCGUGUAUUAUGCACAGAGGGCAGACCAGACAGAACUGGCCUACGAAUGUCAAAUGAACUUGCAGCAUUAGGUAUUCCUGUUAAGGUGCUAAUUGAUUCAGCUGUUGCUUACUCCAUGGAUGAAGUUGACAUGGUAUUUGUUGGUGCUGAUGGGGUUGUUGAAAGUGGAGGAAUUAUUAAUAUGAUGGGGACUUACCAGAUAGCUCUUGUAGCUCAUAGCAUGAAUAAACCUCUAUACGUGGCCGCUGAAAGUUAUAAGUUUGCUCGUCUAUAUCCCCUGGACCAGAAGGACAUGACACCAGCUCAUCGACCGAUAGAUUUUGGAGUUCCGAUACCUGCUGGUGUGGAAGUUGAGACAUCGGCAAGAGACUAUACUCCUCCCCAGUACCUCACACUUCUUUUGACUGAUCUUGGUGUUCUGACACCAUCCGUUGUGAGCGAUGAGCUCAUCCAACUGUACCUAUGAUCACUGCUAAGAUAUAUGUUCUCCAGAUCAGAUGUAAUGUACUGUAGUUGAAUUGAGGUUUUCCCUGUCUCUCACUAUAUGUUAUCUUUUCCCCCGCUGCUGAAAUGUCUAGAAGAAUUCUCUAAAACCUUAGGUGAGAGGAUGAUCCAUUUUUACCCGACCGUUGUUCUGGAGUCAAGCAAUAAUUUUGGUCUCAAGUGACAUCGUGCAAAUUUGCAGUGUUCACUCUACUGGAUUCGAAUGAGUGCAAAGUUUGACUUUCCUUGUGGCAUU